GCAGAGCGGGGGUUGUGUAUCCUGGUUACGGAGGAGGAUGAGUGCUGAUGGCUUUUGCUUGAAGAAAUCUGUGGCCUUGUAGAAUAUGCAAGAGACAUUUCAUUAACAUGGCAUCUUACACCGAGAAACUGACUCUGGGCAUCAGCAAAAUCCUAGAAUCUUCCCCUGGCAUCUCUGAGGUGAAGUUUGAUGAGAGGGCCCCUGCCGAACGCCACUUGAUUGUUUCCUGGGAACAGAGGAACUCCUGCUUUCUGCCUGAUGAUCUGAAGAAUUUUUAUCUGAUGACCGAUGGAUUCCUCAUGUCUUGGAGCGUCAAGCUGGAUGACAGCACCGUCCAAGUGGGAUCUAUGGUAAUUAACAGCAUUUCGGAUCUGCUCCGCCUGGGAGGUUCCUCUGUAUACGCCCUGCCCAAUGCACCAACACUUGCUGACCUGGAGGAUGAGCCUGAGGAAGAAGGUUGCCUGGAGCAGCCACACUUUGACUCUCGUAAUGUGAUCUUUGAACUGGAUCCGUGCAGCAGCAAUGGGAAAGUGUGUCUGGUUUAUAAAACCUCAGAGUCAGGAGGGGCAGCAUCUGACCCAGAAAUCUGGUUCCUGGACAGGGCUCUCUAUUGGCAUUUCCUGACCCAUAACUUUACUUCCUACUACCGGCUACUGCUGUCCCACCUGGGGCUACCUCAAUGGCAGUAUGCUUUCACCAGUUACGGACUGAGCCCUCAGGCCAAGCAAUGGUUCAACACGUACAGACCCAUCACCUUUGAAGCCACAGCGGUGCCUGAAGAACCUGACACUUUCAUGAACAAACUGGACCCCAACAGGAUUUUCAAGAGCAAAAACAAAACUCCCCAAACAAAGAGAAAACUGCCCCCUGCACCUGCUCCUCCCCAAAAAGGAAACCCAGGCAGAAACCCCUUGGGAUCUGGAAAUCCUACACGAAAAUGAAAGCAGCAUAUAGCUGUGUGCAUGUCUGCCCUUCCCCAGCCAGGUUCCUGUACAGACUUUCAUUAUCUUUUCUAUUUAUUUUAUUUAUUUUGCAAAUGGGACAAACACAGAGACAGACUUGGGAUCUCUGAUAUCUGCACCAGUGACUGUGUUGACCUGCCCUGUGCAUGUGUUUACAGAACUUACAGCAAAGCCUUUCUGCACUCAAUACAUACACCUUACUCUUCCCUACAUUUUUUAUGUAGGGGAGCCUUUAGUUCGGAUUUCCUAGCUCUUUUGUUAAUACAAUUAAAAUACUCUUGUUAU